AUGGCUGCGGCGAAUGCGUUGCAUGCUGACCAGGUCUGGAAGCACACCUUGGAGAAAGAGCUGGAUGCGUGGUGCUUUCAGCAGUUAGGCAUCUCAAAACAUGCGUCCUUGGAGACGCUGCGGAUGUCCAAGGAGCCUACGCUUCCGAAGAUGCCUUCUGUGGGCCAGGAGGUCGUCAUCCAAGGCUCGAGGAGGAGGCCAGAGCUCAAUGGUCUGAAGGCAGAAGUCCUGGAUGACAGCAUCGACAAGGCUGGGCGCGUAACCAUCCGCGUCUUCCGCCCAAAUGACCUGAAUCGCGAAGGCAAAGGUUCGCGAAGGAUGCAGAUCCGUGCCACGCACCUCGCUUCCCGGCGAUCAGCGCCCUCCUUGUCUGCGGCGGGUGCAUGUGCAGCCUACGUCGGAUCACAGGCACCACCCAGCCGACCAUGA